CGAGCGACUAUAAAAUGCCCAGGUCAACAUACACUGAAGCCCUUCUCGGCCCAGAGGUGUAUAAAAAGGUUAGAGAGACAAAGGUUCUCGUCGUUGGUGCUGGUGGUAUUGGCUGUGAACUCCUCAAGAACCUUGUUUUGGUUGGGUUCGCCAAUAUUGAAAUAAUCGACCUUGAUACCAUUGACCUCUCAAACUUGAACCGCCAGUUCCUCUUCCGAAAACCCGACAUCUCUAAAUCCAAAGCCCUUGUUGCCGCUGCGACAGCUCACCACUUCAACCCCAACUCUGGCAUCAACAUCAACGCUAGGCACGGGAAUGUCAAGGAUAGUGUGAAUGACCUCGAGUGGAUCAAGGGGUUCGGCUUGGUCAUGAACGCAUUGGAUAAUAUGGAUGCACGACGGCAUGUGAAUAGGCUUUGUCAGGCUGCUGGUGUCCCUCUUAUCGAGUCUGGUACUGCCGGUUACCUCGGUCAGGUUACUCCCAUGAUCAAGGACGUCACUGAAUGCUUUGACUGUGUGCCCAAGCCUGCCCCCAAAGCGUUCCCAGUCUGCACUAUCCGUUCAACACCUAGUGAACCUAUUCACUGUAUCGUCUGGGCAAAGACGUAUCUUUUUGGAAAGUUGUUUGGUGAAGAUGAUGAGGACAUGGACACUGAAGAGCUGGACAAGGCUAAAUCUAGUGGGGAGAAUGCGGAGGAAAUUGAAAACCUGAAAAAGGAAGCCGCUGCCUUCCGACAAGUAAGGAAAUCCCUUAGCGAAGAGGACGGCCCUCGGCGAGUAUUCCACAAAAUUUUCAACGAAGAUAUCCGCCGUCUCUUGGCUAUGGAGGAUAUGUGGAAAAAGGAAGGCCGUGUAAAGCCUGUACCUCUUGAUUGUGAUGCCAUUCUUGACGAGACGUUUGUCACCCCACCACUCCGUACGGUUCCUGUGACGAACCAGCAAGCGGACAGUGACAGGGCGGCUGAAAGGGACAAGGGUAAAUCCGCGGCGCUGUUGAAGGACCAGAAAGAGUUGAAUUUGAAGGAGAAUUUGGAAUUGUUCCUGGACAGCUGCAAGAGGCUUUCCGCUCGAGCACUCGCCUUUCCCGACACACCUCUGUCCUUUGACAAGGAUGAUGACGAUACUCUUGACUUUGUACUUGCGACAGCUAACCUUCGAGCUACCGCUUACGGUAUCCCCAAUAAGACUCGUUUCCAAGUCAAAGAAAUGGCCGGUAAUAUCAUUCCCGCUAUUGCUACCACCAACGCCAUCAUCGCCGGUCUUAUCGUGAUGCAAUCCCUCAACAUCCUCUCUCGAAUCCACUCCACCUCCAAUGGCGGCCCAUCCACCGACUCCAGCAGCAUCCCUGUCCGCAACGUGUUCCUCCGAACAGACCCUACCAAACCCCUCGGCUCAUUUUUACCCCAACAUCCAGACCCAACAUGCAGCGUCUGUCGAGACGUAUACAUCCCGUUCAAAGCUGAUGUCGGGAAAUGCACGUUGGGUGAGUUUGUCGAGGAUGCAGUAAAAGACUGGCUUGGGUCAGCAGAGUUUGAAGGGCAAGGAGAAGGGGAGGAUGUGGAAUGGACAGUGUUUGAAGGAGGAAGGCUUUUGGCUGAUCCAGACUUUGACGAUAACCUUGGAAGGACUUUGGAUGACCUUGGGGUUGGACGGGGUAAGAUUCUGACGGUGAGGGAUGAAGAUACAAAGUACAGACCUGUACACUUUUGUGUCUGCCAACCGGACCCCGAAGCGUCAAAAGCCUAUACCCUCCCUGACGAAAAACCCACAAUCCCGCUCGCUCCCGCCAAACCUGGAGCUGCCGCUCGUGAAUCUUCCGAAGAACCCGAGAUUGUCGAACACGUCCCCGCCAACACCGCGCCCAAGGAUUUGCCUAGUGUGACUGCAGGAGUGAAGCGACCAGCGCCUGAAGAUGAGGGACAAACUGCCGCAGGAAGGGAUGAUGCAAAGAAGAGAAGGGUGACCACUGUGGUGGAUGACGAUGAUGAUUUCGAGAUUUUGUAAAGUGAUACAGUUCAAAAGAGUUCUGGGUGUUAUAAGAUGCAUACAAAUCAUGGCAUAUAGUCGGCACAUUGGUGGUA